CUCGUUGCGCGCGCGUGCCUCCGGUCUAGAGCGCGCCGCUGUCCGGUGCAGCAUCAGCAGUACGUGAAGACUGAGAACAGCAGGUGCGUCCGGGACAGACAGGCGGCGGGUUUAGCUAAAGCUCACGUAUACUCCAUGCUUAUAGUAUAGACCCGCUUCUCUUCCCGACGGGGGCUCCUUCUCGCUGCUGUUACGCAGGAGGAGAACGGAGCAGGACCAGUCCUGUCCAUGGCCAAUGCACCAACUUGUUGAGGCUGCCGCUUCAUUUUAAUCCGGUCACUCAAGAAUAUGAAGAUGCCACAUUCUGUCGACUCCCUCCCUACGGACACUUUCACCUUCUCUACCAGCCCCACUGAGCCAUACCCAGCAGACAGCUUCAUCACCAGGAUCAGUAAUAGCAGCGCCAUCAGCAGCUCAGGCAUCCUUCGCUGCACCUACAAGGAAGACUUUAAACGGAUUUUACUCCCCUCUGUGUACAUCUUUGUUUUCCUGCUCGGCCUUCCUCUCAAUGCUGCUGUCAUCCAGAAGAUAUGGAGGAAGAGGCCCACUCUGUCCAGUAGCAACAUCUAUAUGCUCAACUUGGCCAUAGCUGACUUGUUGUAUGUGAUGUCACUUCCCCUGCUUAUCUACAACUAUGCCAGUCAUGACUACUGGCCUUUUGGGGAGUUUGCCUGUAAACUGAUCAGGUUUCAGUUUUAUAGUAAUCUGCACGGAAGCAUCCUCUUCCUCACCUGCAUCAGCGUGCAGCGUUUUCUGGGCAUUUGCUAUCCUUUAGCGAUAUGGUACAAGCACGGUGGUCACAGGAUGACAUGGUUUAUCUGUGGAGGGGUUUGGGUGGUGGUCGCUAUCCUGUGUGCACCAACUUUUCACUUUGCAGCAACAGGAAUUCAGCGUAACCGCACAGUGUGUUACGACUUGAGCACACCGAAGCAUUCAGUAGACUACUAUCCUUAUGGCAUGGCUCUGACCUGCCUUGGCUUUUUGUUGCCUUUUAUAGGUGUGAUGGUGUGCUACUGUCGGAUGGCCCAAAUCCUCUGCCGCCCAGUGUCCUACCAGGGGGUCUCCAUGGCGACAGGGGAGAAACGGGACAAAGCAGUGAGGAUGAUCAUUGUUGUGGCAGCAGUGUUCUGCAUAAGUUUCCUGCCAUUUCACCUCACCAAGACCAUGUACCUAGUGAUACGUAGUUUGCCUGGUGUGCCGUGUCAGGUGAGAAACCUGUUUUCAAUCAUCUAUAAGAGCACCAGGCCGUUUGCCAGCAUGAACAGCUUUCUGGAUCCUAUUCUGUUUUACUUCACCCAGCCACGAUACCGCCGGAGCACCAGGAGGUUUGUGCUCAGAGUCACCACUCUGAGGCACAAGGGCACCAGCGUGUGAACAGACAGUAGAUCAUACACUGCCACAGUACAACAGCAGUGGAUCUAGGAUGGUGUGAACUGCCACAUGUAUGGGUUGAGUUUUUCUUGCUUUCCUCAUCUUACUGUACUUCUGUUGGAGGCAGUUUUUCAUGUUUUAACCCACUACUCACUGCAACAAAGAACUACGCUUUAAAGAGAUUUAGAGGCACCGGCAUGUCAAGAAGCCUUCUCAAGUGAAACAUGAAGGUUGUAAUCAUCCAUUCAUCCAUUAUCUAUACUGCUUAUCCUGAAUAGGGUCGCCGUGUGGGGCUGGAGCCAAACCUAGCUGACACUGGGCGGAGGUGGGGUACACCCUGGACAGGUCGCCAGUCUAUCACAUGGCUGACAGUACAGACAGACAUCCACAUACACACUCACUCCUUCGGGCAAUUUAGAAUCAUCAGCCAACCUAAGAUGCAUGUCUGCAUGUGGGAGGAA